AUGGCUGAUCUGAGACAGCGGAAAGAAGACUUCGUUUCAGGUUUGACAGGCGGGUCCAUAGAAGAGAUCAAUGCAGUAACUUCUGUCGCCUUUUGUGCAUAUAUUUGUUGGAACCUAGUUAAUGCUACAGUAAGAGAUGGAAGCGUCAAAUAUAUUAUUGACUUCAUGUUUAACUGGUGUGGUAUUUUGUUGGCCAUAACUACUUAUUCGGGCGCACCGUUGUAUCUGAACUUGCUGCUUCUCGUGCCUUCUUUGGCUUAUUGGUUUGUUGCCCGAAGAACGUCACCAGAAAUGGCAAAGGUUAAGCCCCAGAGAAGCCAUGAAAAACCACAACGAAUCGAAGAUGAAAUGACACUUAUAAAACGACCUUUUAUUACUGCUUAUCGUGGUAGUAUGAUGGUCAUUACUGUUUUGGCUAUACUCGCCGUAGAUUUCCAAAUUUUCCCUCGUAGGUUUGCUAAAGUGGAGACCUGGGGUAGCUCGCUUAUGGAUCUUGGAGUUGGAUCAUUUGUAUUCAGUAAUGGGAUUGUGUCCUCGAGAGCGAUACUGAAAGACGAGUUAAGCGGUCGUAACACUCGCUUUCCCAACAAACUUAUCAAUGCGCUGAAAUCUUGUGGUACUGUAUUAGUACUUGGGCUUUUACGACUAUAUUUUGUGAAGAACUUAGAGUAUCAGGAACACGUUACCGAAUACGGCGUGCAUUGGAACUUCUUUAUUACGCUGGCCUUUCUUCCAUUAGUAUUGGUUUUUAUUGACGAAAUCACCAGGUAUGUUCCGAGGAUUGUGGUGGCUAUUACUAUAUCGGUUGCUAGCGACCUGCUCAUGGUAUUCGACGAAAGAUUCAUGAGUUUUCUAAUAACUGCCCCACGGAAUAACUUGGUGGAGGCGAACCGCGAAGGCAUUUUUUCGUUUAUUGGAUACUGCUCCAUUUUCCUCUGGGGCCAGACCACAGGCUUUUACACUCUUGGUAAUAUUCCCACCAAGAACAACUUGUACAAAGCAUCAGCCCAGCCAAUAAUUAAAGCUAAGGAGCCUAGUGUGUGGGAUAAGUUGACGUCUAAGACUCCUUUGAGCGGUUUGCUCACUUGGUCAUUUAUUUCGCUGUCUGUGACACAAAUGGUUUUUGCGUGGCACCCGUUCGACAUUUCCAGGCGAUUUGCCAACCUCCCUUACGUUAUGUGGGUUGUGUCGUAUAACACCGGCGCUCUUUCCAUUUAUUGCCUGGCAGACAAAGUUUUUGGAAAUACCUCAUCGAAUUGUCAAAUCUCACCAGCGCUAGAAGCUAUCAACUCUAAUGGGCUAUUCUUGUUCCUUUUGGCUAAUGUGACUACUGGAUUGAUAAAUAUGGCCAUACCUACGAUAGACAUACAGCCAGCACUCGCCUUUCUUGUCCUAUUCCUGUACGCGUCGUUUGUAGCUUCAACUGGUUUAUUUAUGAAGCGCAAAGAGUUGUUCAUAAAGUUGUGA